GUUGUGUACGUGUUUACAAUGAGCGCCACCAGUGUGCGUAAUCAGUAAAUCGUUCCGGUGUGUGUGUAGUCGCGCGGAGUGACGGGUGUUGGAUUAGAUUACGUUUCUUGCGAUUGUAAAUCAUUAUUUGUUAAAGCUUCAUUCUGUGUAAAAUCUACUGCGAUUAAUUAUAAACUUAACGUUUAUCUCUAAUGAUAAUUUGUAAAUAAGUUACGUGGUCCUAUGUUAAUAAAAAAAUAUUCUGCGAAUGUGAGUGAUCAGCAUGUGUCACCACUCAUCAACAAAUUCUGUGAAACGGUGAACAGUCGCGAUGUGAGGAAAGCUAUGACUAUCAGCUGAAAAUCAACUUGAUUUAGUUAGUGUUUGUGUUGCGAACCAGUGUUAUUUAUUAUUUGUCUGGUGAAGGUGAUAAAUUCAGACUCAAAAUGGCGGACCUCGAGGCUGUGCUGGCAGACGUCAGCUACUUGAUGGCUAUGGAGAAGUCGAAAUGCACUCCUGCAGCUCGGGCUAGUAAAAAGAUUGUUCUCCCAGACCCAAGCGUUCGGAGUGUAAUGCAUAAAUACAUGGAAAAGAAGAAUGAAGUAAAUUUCGACAAAAUAUUCAAUCAAGUCUUAGGUUAUUUAUUAUUUAAGGAAUUUUGUGAACAGACUACUGAUGACCAAGUGCCACAAUUAAGAUUUUAUGAAGAGAUUAAAUUAUAUGAAAAACAAGAAUGUGUUGAAGAAAGGCGGCGGAUCGCCAGAGAUAUAUAUGACAAUUUUAUUAUGAAAGAACUUCUAGCACAUUCACAUGAUUAUUCUAAAGAGUGUGUAGCGCAUGUACAAAAAUAUUUAAUGAAGCACGAAGUACCACCGAACCUAUUUGAGCCCUACAUUGAGGAAAUAUUCCAACAUCUACGAGGGGAACCGUUUAAAAAUUUCUUAGAAAGUGACAAAUACACGAGGUUUUGUCAAUGGAAAAACUUAGAAUUAAACAUUCAGCUCACAAUGAACGACUUCAGCGUACAUCGCAUCAUCGGCCGGGGCGGGUUCGGAGAGGUGUACGGGUGUCGGAAGGCGGAUACGGGUAAAAUGUACGCGAUGAAAUGCCUCGACAAGAAGCGUAUAAAAAUGAAGCAAGGGGAGACUCUCGCCCUCAACGAGAGGAUUAUGCUCUCUCUAGUCAGUACUGGGGUGGACUGCCCAUUCAUCGUGUGCAUGACGUACGCAUUCCACACGCCGGACAAGCUCUGUUUUAUCCUGGACCUGAUGAACGGCGGGGACCUGCAUUAUCAUUUGUCACAACAUGGCGUCUUCAACGAGGCCGAGAUGAAGUUUUACGCUGCUGAAGUUAUAUUAGGUUUGGAACACAUGCACAAGCGUCAUAUAGUGUACAGAGAUCUGAAGCCAGCGAACAUUCUCCUCGACGAGCACGGUCACGUCAGAAUAUCUGAUCUUGGCUUAGCCUGUGACUUCUCCAAGAAAAAACCACAUGCCAGUGUUGGUACCCACGGCUACAUGGCACCUGAGGUUCUUUCCAAAGGCACCGGCUACGAUUCUUCCGCUGACUGGUUCAGCUUCGGCUGUAUGUUGUACAAGCUUCUCAAGGGACACUCGCCAUUCCGCCAACACAAGACCAAGGACAAACAUGAAAUCGACAGGAUGACCCUUACUAUGAAUUACGAUAUAUUCCAGAAUGUGGAGCUUCCAGAGUCUUUCAGUCCUAGUUUGAAGAGUUUACUAGAAGGGCUCUUGCAGAGAGACAUCAACAAGCGGCUUGGAUGCAAGGGAAGGGGUGCCGAUGAAGUGAAAGAGCAUGUGUUCUUCGCUGGCAUCGAUUGGCAGCAAGUCUACCACCAGAAAUACACGCCGCCUUUAAUCCCACCGCGAGGAGAGGUCAACGCUGCUGACGCCUUCGAUAUUGGCAGCUUCGAUGAGGAGGAUACUAAGGGUAUCAAGCUAACGGAAGCCGAUCAGAUGCAAUAUAAGGACUUCCCGCUGGUGAUCUCGGAGCGCUGGCAGUCCGAGGUGGCGGAGACAGUGUUUGAGACCAUCAACCAGGAGGCCGACAAAAUGGAACAGAAGAAGAAGGCCAAGCAGAAACAGAAGUUCGAUGCUGAUGAAAAAGAAUCAGACUGCAUACUGCAUGGAUACAUCAAAAAGCUGGGCGGACCUUUCGCAAGUGCAUGGCAGACACGCUACGCGAAGCUUUACCCCAACCGGCUGGAGCUCCACCUGGAGAACAGUGCCAAGCCUGAAAUGAUCCUACUGGACUCCGUGGAGGAGGUCUCGUCAGACCUCGUGUCUAUCAAGGGCGAGCAAUGCAUCGUCCUGCGGACUAGAAACGAUACCAAAAUCGUGCUCACUAAUACUGAUGAAAUCGGUCUGAAGGAGUGGGCGCUGUCGCUGCGGUCGGCACACAAAUGCUCGCAGGAGUUGCUGGCGUCGAUGGCGCGCAAGGCGGGCAAGAUCUACGGCACGGACGGCGCCAAGGACGCCAUGGCGCUGGUCCGCGCGCCCGCGCCGCAGCCCUCGCCCGCCCUGGCGCGGGCGCCCAACGGGACCAACUAGCAUGAGCUUCCCGCGCCCAACAAGGGCGCGAAGAUGUUCCGCCGCUCCAAGAGUGCGGCGCAACUCAUCAAGUGAGCGCCCACACACUGCACGCGCAGUACACGCGCAGUACCCGCGCAGUGUCCGCUCCCGCGCCGGCCCGCCCCGCGGCCGAAGCGCGAUGAACUUUUAGUGACUCUUUAGGACUGCCAAUUAUUAAUAAAUGAAUGCUGAUCGCAUUUUAUUGUUGUACGAAUUAAUGUGAUAGGACCGAUCAAAUUAAAAGUACGGUAUAUAAAUAUAUAUUUCGUUUACCUCCAGUGAUUUUUGAUUGUGGAUAAAUAGUAACUUUUGUAAUCGUUUGCACCGAUUGAAUUUUGUAAUUAUUAACGUAACGUUCUGGAUGUUGUAUUUAACUCUGUGGUAGGUAUUGUAAAAAUUUAAUAACUUAUAAUUCGAGUAGAUAAGCAUAGCGACUACCUAUAUGUGUUUGUGCAAUAGAUCAAAAAAUAUAUUAAAUAAAGUAAAAAGUAAUAAAAACGUAACGAGUCGGUUAAAUUUAAAAUUAGUGAAAGUCUUGACAAUUUUAAUGCAAUUGGAUUGUUCGUUGUGCGUAUAAUAUAGAAGCUUGAAAUUAAUCGAUUUAUAUCGUAAUUAGAAAUUCUAGCACUUUGGUUACGACUCUGAUAAUAUAAUUGCACACAGGUGGGGAAGUUGUAUGAGCUAGGUUUGUGUUGUCUCCGGUGGCUCUACGCGCAAACUCACAGUUACAACUAGUUCCUUGAAUGUAACGUAACGCGGAACGAUUUGUUUAUUUAUUGUAACGGUACUUAAUAUAACACUUGUCCGUUGUGUUCCGAACCAACUGUUCAUUAAGUUUCAACAUUAUUUAUGUACGGUGUUCACCUUACUUCUUUUUU